CUGUCCUCUUUUUAUUUACAGCUUGCUGUAUUGGAGCAUUAUGUCGACAGCUGAUGAAAGGAUGGCCGAUACCGUAUACUGUUUUGCUCAUCUUGUUCGGACUGGUGUUUGGCGUGUUUUCCGCUAGUUUUACCGAUGUUCAAAUAUAUACCACCAUGGCAAGUGAAAAUCCCCAUCUUCUGCUAACAGUGUUUUUACCAAUCUUGUUGUUUGAGUCCGCGUUUGCAAUGGACGUUCAUACAUUCUAUAAAAUGUUUUGGCAGAUUGUCUAUCUGGCUGUUGUUUGCAUGGCAGUCGCUGCUGCUCUUGCUGGAGUUAUGGCAAAAUUCGUGUUCACGUAUAAUUGGAACUGGUUUGUUUCACUUAUGUUUGGUUCAAUCGUAAGUGCAACGGAUCCAGUUGCUGUGGUAGCUCUCCUAAAUGAAAUUGGUGUUUCUAAACAGUUGUCGACCAUCAUUGAAGGAGAAUCGUUGUUAAACGAUGGCAUGGCGAUUGUCUUAUACAAGAUAUUUUACAAUCUUGCUUUCUCUUCGAUGACUGCGACUGAGAUCGGUCUGUAUUUUCCACGUGUUGCUUUGGGUGGCUUUUUCUUUGGUCUCGUGAUUGGCAAGAUUGUCGUAUUUUGGUUGCAACGAGUGUUCAACGACGCUAUGGUCGAAAUUACCAUAACCUUAGCAUCGACUUAUCUUACAUACUAUAUUGGCGAGGAAAUUCUUGGCGUCUCCGGUGUUCUUGCAGUUGUUAUGUUGGGCAUUGAGAUUAAUUCUCAAAGAACAAGCAUUAGUCCAGAAGUUGAAGUCUUUUUACACAAAUUUUGGGAAAUGUUGGCGUACUUGGCUAAUACUCUUAUUUUUAUUAUGGUUGGUGUUGUGAUAACUGAGAAAGCAUUAAAUGAACUCGAUACCUACGAUGGAUUUCUUAUAAUUGUUGAUUAUCUUGGACUAACCGUAAUAAGGGCACUGUUGCUUUUUACAUCCGGUCCGUUUCUCGCUCGUCUUGGAUAUGGCCUAUCGUGGCAGAAUGCCGUGAUUUUAUGUUGGGGAUCCCUACGCGGGGCAGUUGGCCUUGCAUUAGCCUUACAAGUUGCUUUGGACUACCAGCACGUGGGAAAUAAAAUCUUACUGCACACAGCGGGCAUUGUUAUAUUUACAUUAUUUCUCAAUGCAACGACAAUGAGGAAUUUGCUCGAGCUAUUGGGAAUGAGCGAGAUAUCGGACUCCCGGAAAAUUUCAAUGGCAAAUGCCGUGAAGCGUUUGCAGGACACCACAGCAAGAACUUUCAAGAUGCUGCGCACCGAUCGCUUUCUCGCCGAUGCACACUGGGUCCUAGCGGAAAACGUUUGUAAAAUACACAAUCCAUACAUGGAGGACGAGUUAGACGAGGAAGGUAAACAGAUGUUGUUCGUUAUUCGACACAGUACCUGCCCAAGCUGCUCAGCUAGCGUGCCAAACCAACCUUCUCCGAAAGAAUUUGCUCAAAUGACAGAAGAAGGAAGAUUGAUGAUGAUUAAGGCUCAGAAGGUGAGCUAUUGGAAACAGUUUGAACAUGGAAUGCUAUCACGUGACGCCGUUCAAACACUCAUGGCGACGGCUGAUACGGCAAUGGAUACUAAAGACAGAUGCAUAGAGUUAUCUGAUCUGAGUGUGCAUUGGCAAGUCCCGCCAUAUCUACAAAAAUUGAAAGACAAAGUUGAAACUUUAACAAACACAGAUCCUACCAAGGUUAUUCCUGUUCCUGACAACUCAGUACGCCGUAAAUUGUACUUUAUUGUCACGAACUUCUGGUUUGAUACAGGCAUCAGCAUUCUCAUUGUUGUCAACAUGAUUCCGAUAAUCAUGGAGUUAAGUGUCAAUGCAAAUGUGUCGUAUUACAUCGUGCUACGAAUACUCAACUACAUAUUUUGUUUAAUUUACGUCUCCGAGGCUUUGAUUAAGAUUGCUGCAUUUGGUCGUUAUUAUUUCAGCGACUACUGGAAUAUACUGGAUAUUAGCGUUGUACUAUUUUCCACUAUUGACAUCAUUAUUGACCUCGCAAGUAAUGGCGCGACUGGAAAUUUUUCGCCUGCGAUUCUACGAGUAGCAAGAGUAUUUAGAUUCUUAAGAAUGGGACGUUUGCUCCGGCUAAUAAAGACAAUUAUGCCAAGAUUCAUAGCGAUAAUCAAUAAUAUCAUCCAUCGUCAGCUCAGUUUUGGCUAUGACGUCGGAAAGGGUUUCAUCGUUGGUGAAGAGGAGGUUGCUAAGAAUCUACACGAUAUGGUUGCUGACGAUCGAGUUGAACGUGACCUCAAGUCAAGACUAGAGAAGAGUCGGUUGGACGUCGUAAAGAGUUUGGGCCUUCUUCAAAAAGAAUAUCCCGGUAUCGCCAUUUCCGUAAAGACACGACAGUCGAUUCGCUCCGUCCUUAACACAGCGAUGGAUACAAUUCAUAAUCUUCGUGGGGGUGGCCUACUGGACGAAACUGAAGCAAUGAAACUGGAAAAGAUGAUCGAGGUAAAAAUGAAACGACAAUUGAGCGCGCCAUCUUACAUUUCUCCGCCUUUGCCGGAGGUGCUACUGCGAAGCACUGUAUGGCUAGAAGAAAUGGAUAGUGAAGUUGUCGAUUAUAUAGCAGGCAUUGCCGAAGAAAAGGUCUUCGAUAGUGGUGAAACAAUUGUAAGACAAGGUGAUACAUCUGAUGGGAUGUAUCUGAUCAUCAGCGGACUUGUGAAGAUGAUUGGCGUGUCAAUGCCGUUAAAACAACACGAUGAAAGUAGACUGGGUGAAAUGAUUGUCCAAACAGAUUAUCUUAGUGCUGGCAAUGUCAUUGGUGAAAUGGGCUCACUAGUUGGUUCUCCAAGAAGCGCGUCUAUCAUAUGCGAAACCAAUGUUAAGGUUUAUUAUCUUUCGACUGAGAAAAUGCAAAAGGCUUUGAGCAUGUUUCCAGCACUGAGUAAAAGCAUGUGGAGGGUAUGCAGUAUUCGUAUGGCCGUCCCAAUACUCAUGGAUCAUCCUUCAUACAAUGGAUGGACAAAAGAAAAGAUUCGAUUGUUUUGCGAGCGAUCGGCCAUGGUCGAUUUCUUGGAAACAAAUGUUAAUCAUGUCCUGUUUCAGCCCUCGCCAUCUUCUGUGGAAACAUUUUUGACGCAUGGUAUGGUGUCAAGCGUCUCAAGUCGCAACACGUACAAAGGCCCGUGUCUGCUGCCGAACAAUGGCGAAAAAUUGCUCGCUCACUACAUAAACGGCGAUCCUCCGCGUAUUUUAGAGAUUCAAGCAGAAGAUGCAGAUUGUGGUAGCUUGAACACAGCCAGACUCAUGAGUGUUACCGACGACGAUUAUUCCGCAGUCAUUGGAAUGAGCCCAAAGAGCGAUAAAAGUGCAAAAUCCACUAGUGGAGAAGAAAUAACUGUUUUUCUUGAAAAGUUCGGCAAACAGCCGCAUCGCGUUUUGGAGCCACUUUCCCCAAGACAAAGGGGUGUGUCAAUUUCAGGUUCAUUUACUUCCGUAACCGACAACAAGAAGUUGACCGACGUCUCUGAGAGUUGACGUUUUUCGUUCUUCACGCUUCAUUCAUUGUAUUCUACAGAUGCCAGGGGCAUAUUUGGUCACCAACUCAUUUGGUCUUAAAGUAAUUUGCUAUAAAACACUAUGUCGUAUAUUUAAAAUGUUGUGAACAAAAAUGUUUUAUCAGAAUAUAUUUCAUAGCUAAUUUGCCUGCUUUA